AUGAUUAUUCUGAAACCGUCAUGGAUAUCUCACAAUGGUAUGCCCAUAUUUUCGAUCGACAUUCAUCCAGACGGUACUCGUCUGGCUACCGGUGGCCAGGGCCGGGACUCUGGACUGGUCAUGCUAUGGAACACGGCCGCAGUGCUGGACGAAAACAGCGAAAACGACGAGAACGUACCAAAAAUGUUAUGCCAGGUUGACAGCCAUUUAGCAAGUGUCAAUUGCGUUCGAUGGAGUCACUCGGGCAAAUUUUUGGCGUCUGGUGGGGACGAUAAAAUCAUCAUGGUGUGGACAUUGAGCAAAUAUCCUAAUAGUGGAAACAUUGUAUUCGGCACCAAAAAUAUUGUUAAUAUCGAAACGUGGAAAUGUAUGUUCACUUUACGUUCACACUCAGGUGAUAUUCUCGAUCUUGCGUGGUCACCCCAUGACUCAUAUUUGGCAUCAUGUUCGGUGGACAACACAAUUAUCAUAUGGGAUGCUAAAAAAUUUCCAUCUAUCCAUAAAGUUCUUUCUGGACAUACUGGUCUGGUAAAAGGAGUUUCUUGGGACCCAAUCGGUAAAUAUAUUUCUUCACAGUCAGACGACAAAACUUUAAGAAUAUGGAGAACAUCUGAUUGGAAAACAGAUACUAUUGUUACGACUCCCUUUAAGGACUGUGGUGGAAAUACAUCUGUACUACGGCAUAGCUGGUCUCCAGAUGGCCAAUACUUAGUAUCGGCUCAUGCCAUGAACAACAAUGGUCCUGUAGCUAAAGUUAUUGAAAGAGAUGGUUGGACAUAUGAGAAAGAUUAUGUGGGACAUAGAAAAGCUGUAAAUUGUGUGAGAUUUAGUAAUUCAAUAAUGGAGCGUAAAGUUGGUAAGAAGAAUCAUCAUAUGUGUUUAUGUGCUGUAGGCUCCAGGGACACUAAUGUAUCAGUAUGGCAAACAGGAUUAAAGAGACCAGUUGUAGUUCUUGAAAGUUUAUUUCAAGGUCCUGUGCUAGACUUAUCUUGGUCGACAAAUGGAUUAAACUUGUAUGCUUGUUCAUAUGAUGGAACCAUAGCAAUAUUAAUAUUUGAUCCAAAAGAUAUUGGAAAAGCACUUAGUAAUCAAGAUAAAAAUAUAAUAUUUGAAAAAAUGUAUGGUAUCUCACCUUUAGAACGCCACAACAACAAUUUACUUAUAGAAAAUCCAGCAAUACUAAAAAUGAAUGGUAUACAACAGUCAGAAGUCCGAGAGGUUGACCCUAAAAAAGAAAUCAAACAGCCUUCUCCAAAUGUAAUCAAACCUUUACCACCGAUUUUGAAAAAACAAAUUGAAACUCGCACAUCUGAUGGACGUAGACGUAUUACACCCAUUUUUAUACCACCAACACCUGAUAAUGCAGAAGAAAUUAAUGUCUUACCGUUUUCGUCAUCUAGUGAGUGUAAAAGUCAAGUAGUUGUUGAAAGAGUGAAUAAUAUUAUUGAGCCUAAUAUAAGCAACAGUUGCAGUAACUUUAGUCAAGAAUCUCAAACUCCAACAAUUAUUGAUUCAACAAUACCAAGAAGCACUCCUACAUCUGUUUUACAAAUAUCUCCCACUAGAGGAGAAUCCAAGAAAAGGCCAGAACCCGUAGCAUUAAUAUCAAAUUUAUUUUCCACUAAAAAAAUUAAAUUUAAUAAUUUAGAAGAUAAUGACAUUUCAUCGGAUGUCCGACCUAAUUUUGGUCAAACUGCAAUGCAAAAAAGAAAAUUCACGAUUUCGAACAUAUGCACUGAUAGAGUUGUUGUAGAAAACGAUAAAUGUAAAACAAUAAAUGGGACUAUUUCUAAAAUGAAAGUCUAUAGUAAUAAUUUAGUUGCUUGGGAAAAAGUAUUUAGUUCAAGUGUAGUAAAAUAUUGUACGAAUAAAACUUUAUCAUUAAUAGUUGUGGCAUUAAAUGAUUGUACUAUUCAUGUGAUAGGAUCAAAAAAUGGAUCAUUAAUAUGUCCUCCCUAUGUACUAUCGUCUUUAGUAACGUCUAUUAGUUCCAAUAAUCACUACUUAUUAUGCAUGACACAAAAUUCUCUUUCUGUUUGGAACAUAUACAAACAAGAAUGUGUCUUACAUGAAGAAAAACUCAACACAUUGGUUUGUUCGAAUAAAAAUAAGCCAGUAAAUGUACAAAAAUGUAUGUUGACUGAAAAUGGAACGUCAAUCAUCACAUUAACUACUGGUAAAUCAUAUAUGUUUUCUAUAAGUGCAAAAUGUUGGAUGAUGAUCGGGGAUAGUGGAGAUAGUAUAUAUUCAAAUUCUUCUCAAAAAAAUAAACACAUUGGUUUAAAUAAAACUAGUGGCAAGUAUCCACUGAGUGUCAUGCAAGCAUAUUCUUCAAAGUAUAAAUCAAACUUAGAUUUUAAGGACACUGAAGGGAUAAGUGAAUUGUGUUCAAAAUCAUUUUUGGAACAACAGAUGUCGGCAGCUUUAGCUUUGGAAUCAGAUAAAGAGUACAGAUAUUGGUUAAUGACUUACGUUUCUUUUUUAAUUGAAAGAGAAGACAAUGAUCGAUUAAGAUAUUUAUGUCAGGAUUUGUUGGGAGUUUCACAUGGUUAUUCAAGUCAUAAAAAAGUUGAAACAGUCAUUGGUAUGUCAAAACAUGAACUUUUAAGAGAAGUAUUAGGAAUUAUAGCUGGUUCGAGAAGCACUCAAAGAUUAUUUACUGAGUUUCAUGACCAAUUACAACAAAUGUCUUAA